UUGUAUACGACCUUUCAGAAGUACUCAUUACCAGGAGUAGAACAUCCGCAGCAAGAAUCGCUUGCUUUCCGUAGCAUCUCGGCCGAAACUCUGGCAUCGGAGAUUCGAAGACUUGGGCCUGAAGAAUUUGAACGCCGCUACACUCUUAUUGAUUGCAGAUACCCCUAUGAAUAUGAGGGGGGACACAUUAAGUGUGCGAUAAAUGUUCAUGACCAAGACGAGUUAGAGAAGCUGUUCUUCCCUGAAGAUCCGAAUCAUCCCAUUCGCUCGCGCAUACCUAUCUUCUAUUGCGAAUUUAGUCAGAAGCGUGGCCCAGGAAUGGCGCUAGCACUUCGUAGCGUCGAUCGAAUGCGUAAUGAAUUGCAUUACCCGAAAGUUGAUUACGCUGAAAUGUACUUACUUGACCAUGGUUAUCGAAAAUUCUGGAAUGAUGGACGCUGCAAGGCCGAGUGCGUUCCAUGCGGUUAUGUACCAAUGACGGAUUCUUCUCAUUUAUCGUCACUUGUCAAGUAUAAGUGGCACAAGUCGAAAUCAUCGAGUCAACUUAUG